AUGUCGACUAAAGGUUGUACAUUUACAACUCAACCCAACAAUCAUGCGACAAGAUAUAAUUGCACUUGGUGGUGGACUUCUAUUCAUUGUAUUCAUCCUUGGAAUGAUGUGGCUGUGUGGGGUGAACUCGUGGAUUGGGAUGCCAAAUCAGGAUACACGCAUUAUGAAGUUAAUUCAUCACAAGAUCGACUCAUGUCAGAACCAGAUGGAUGUAAUGAUACCAGUAUACCUGGACGAAGUGGAAACCAUUGCACAAGCACGUGGUAUUACUGGAAGUUACCACCUGAUGAAACGUCAGCAUUAACUAGAGCGUUCGUAUGGACUCUCUAUGCUCUGCAUCAAAUAUUCAUUUGGGGAUUGAUAUAUAGAGCGCAGCUAACUGUAACAAAGAAAAAGUACGAAGAAAAACGAGGGAAAACAUACAGUACGGAUCUACGAUGGUUCAACUGGUCAAUGUUGUUUGUAAAUGCUUUGUUUCAUGUGCUUCACCUUGUCCAAACCCACACAACGUAUGAUGCAACAGCCCAGGACGUAUCUAUAUCCACGUCUCAGGCUUCGGUUAUUAUGAUGCUUGUGUUUAUUCUCUUGAUGGAAUAUAAAGACAGGGGAUUCAUGUUCAUGUGGCCGAAUUCUCAAUCAGACGAUUGCAUAUCCAAAAAACUCAGAUUUCACUUAGGACCGAUAAAAUUGAUUCGGAAAUACCACGGCUUUGCAUUUGCUUGGGCUUCAAUUUAUACAUUUUGGUAUCACCCGAUGGAAAAUACAUGGGGUCAUACGUUGGGAUUCUUUCACACCGCUAUCGUUCUUUUACAAGGAAGUUUGGUUUACACAGAAAUACAUCUCAAUAGGUAUUGGCGGCUUCUCAAUGAAUGUUGGGUAUUUAUCCAUGCUACAAUCGUUGCUGUUCAGACCGGUAACCCUGCGAAGGGUAAUGGAGACAUAUGGCCAAUUUUUACAUUUGGAUUUGGAUUUAUUUUUGCAUUCACUCAGGUGUUCAGCUUCCCCUUUUGGAAAAAGAUAUCAGCCUGGGUCCGCAUAGUUCCUGUAAUCAUUUAUUUCGGAGUUGUAUGCGUUUUGUGUGGCACAGUAGUCAUUCCAAAAGAACCCGACCAAAGUGGAUUCAGUCGUAUGUACGAAAUGGUAUUUAUUCCAGCUGAAGAAUACAUGCAGUUACUACUGUCGUGGCUUUUCCUUUUCUUGUUCAUAUUGAUAGAGUCAAAAUUCUCUUCAAAACCUGCUGCUUACGCUAAUACUACAGAAGAUAUGAAAGUUGAACAAAUAGUCCCAGAGAAAGGAUUUGUAUAUCCAUCACCCACCAAGCAAGCACUAUAUCUAUCCGGAAUUAUAUUGAUAUAUGCAUCUUUCAUACUUGGAUCUCAUUUUUAUGAAGCUGCGCAUUAUGGCAUUAUUUUGACCACCUCUAUGAUAUUUUGGGUGAUUGUGUUUUCUCUGGGAGUGGCCAUCACAAUAAUGUUUUUCAAAAAAUUGAUGGGACCGAUGGAACCACUUUACGUCUCAAUAGAUAAUAAAAUUUCAAGUAGAGAGGGAAGCAUAUCUGAACAAUCGGCAGCUGAAAAUCCGGCAUAUGUAGGACAAGAACUCUAAGUGUAAUAUUUUUCGAAAAUAUUGUAAUAUUUGUGUUUAUAUUUUGCUUUUCAUUAUAUAUAAUUUAAUAUAAUUUUCUAUUGUGAAUUUUUAAUCAUUUUAUGCAAUUUGUGUAACACGCCGAUUGUUCGUUAUAAGUUUCUGAUAUAAUACAAUACAAAGUUACUCAAUGAA